AUGUCUAAAAAUCAUGUGAUUCCGCUAGCAGUGAGCCUUCUCGUUCCGGCGAUUGGAAUCGGCGUUUACUUCUUAGUCUACUGGAACUGGUCUACGCUGCCGGAUGGAGUGCUACUAGCGGACGAGCGACUCAACGGUGAGCCAGUGUUUGUAGCUGAACGCGCGCUCAACCACCUGCUCACGCUCACCAGUCAUGGACCGCGUGUGGUCGGAAGCAGUGCGAACGAGGUUUAUGCGGUGGAAUUUUUACUUGAAACAAUUCGAGACAUAAUCGAUCGAACCGUUCCGUCCAACCAGCUUACGGUUGAGGUCCAGCAAACCUCUGGGAGUUACUUCCUAAACUACAAAGAUUACCCCAUCACCAGCUACUACCGCGGGGUUCAAAAUGUAGUGGCAACUUUAAGAACACGCGACAGCAGCCAUUUCAGCGGAAAGUAUUUGCUGUUAAAUUCUCACUUUGACAGUGCAGUUUCCUCCCCAGGUGCCGGAGAUGACGGCACCAUGGUCGUUGUCAUGCUGGAGGUUUUGCGUCAAAUUGCAACACAUGCCCUAAACCUCCACCACGGGCUUAUCUUCCUGUUCAACGGCUGCGAAGAAAACACCAUGCAGGGGGCACACGGAUUCGUUACCGCACACCCGCUGGCAGCAAACGUCUCUGCCUUCAUCAACCUGGAUGCAGCUGCCAACGGCGGCCGAGAGAUCAUGUUCCAAUCUGGGCCCAACUACCCUUUUCUGAUAGAAAACUACCAACGCUUUGUCAAGCGACCCUACGGAAACGCAGCCGCAGAGGAAGCUUUUCAAUUCGGGCUGGUACCUUCGUUCACGGAUUUCGAAACCUUCUCGAAGGUUGGCAACUGGCCGGGGCUGGACAUUGCGCCGGCCUCCUACGGGUAUCUGUAUCACACGAAGUACGAUGACUUCGAGAGCAUCCCGCUGGAAACGCUACAGCAUAUUGGGGAAAAUUUGCUCUCGCUGACCGUCGGUUUGGCCGGUGCGGAAGAACUCAGUGAUGUGAAUAAAUAUCGGGACGGAGCAGCGACCUUCUUUGAUUUUAUGCAUUGGUUCAAAGUGGUCUACAAUCAAACGGCAACCUAUGCCAUCAAUUGUACCGUUGCCAUGGUAGCGUUAGGUUUGAUAGUAAUCACCAUUGUUAUGAUGGUUCGACGAAAAGGUGCCGAUUUGGUGAAAGUGUUGAUAGAGUGUGGUCUCACGCUGAUCGUCCAGACGGUUUCGAUUGCCGUUGGAGCUGGAGUAUCCAUGCUGAUAGCGGUCAUCGUAGACCUGAGCGGCAGCUCCAUGGCGUGGUUUUCAUCAACCUGGCUACUGUACGGACUUUACUUCGUACCGUUCAUCGCCUGCCUGGCACUGGGACCAACCCUCUACAUACGCUUCCGGAAAGUGCCAUUUCUGCACCUACAAGGACGCGUGCUGCUCUUUUUGCACGCACAAUGCUUCAUUUACGUCGCACUGCUUCUCACGCUAACCGUCGGUGAAAUCCGUUCCGGCUACGUACUUUUGUUUCCAGUCAUUUUUCAUUCACUGUCCACAAUCGUCAACGUGAUCAUCAAGUUCAAACUGAACCAUUGGAUCUACGUUCAACUGGCCGGCCAGCUGGUUCCACUGGUUUAUUUCUGCUCGCUUACCAUCACUCUGUUUGCCGUCUUUGUGCCAAUGACCGGCCGUGGCGAUGCAGCGACGAACCCCGACCUGAUGAUGGCACUGUUUAGCGUGCUGAUGGCACUGCUAAUGGUGGCCAUGUGCCUGCCGUUGAUUGUUCUGCUGGGCAAGGUGUACUACUUUUACACCGUGCUCGGGUUGAUGUUUGUGGUGACGGCAAUUGUAAUGGCGACGCCUGUGGCGUUUCCCUUCCGAGAGGCGGUUUCCCCUCAGCGGAUUUAUGCCUUUCACCAGCAAAGUAAUUUUUACCAUCAAAACGGUACGUUAAGACGAUCGCGACAAAAUUUCUUCAUAUACCCCCAGGAUCGGCACACUCCGGAAAAUUUAUUCAACGAAGGAAUUCUAAAUCCCGAUGAAACUUAUCCGAUUGCUCCAGAAUGUGAUAAGGAACUGUAUUGUGGCUUCCCAAUGUAUAUCAACCGAUACCAUCGACAGCGUGAGUAUAGUUACUGGAUCGAGGCAAACACGGCACCAUUCUUUCCGGAACCUGUAUCCAUUCGAUUAACACAAAAACAGGAUCUAUCCCCGACAAAGCGACAAUUUCGAUUCACCGUUGAAGGCCCUACACUGAUGGGAUUCUAUUUCUCCCCUGUCAAAGACCAUCGUCUGGUGGCUUGGACUUUUAGCGAACAGAUUCCACCGAGCGGAACGCCCUGGAAUGACCAGCCAGUGUAUUAUGUUAACUACGUACAAGCAAAAGCGCGAGAGUCAUUGGAAUUCUUUAUUGAAAUAGAGUCCACGAAUGGUGUUGUGUUACCGGACACCCCAGUACUACUGGUGUCUGUUGUAGGCCAGUAUAUGUACCACGAUCAGUACAGAAAUGACGAAUUUAAAAACUUGUUAGGCCGAAUGUCACCCUACAUGCACACGGUGGCUUACCCGAACUAUUUAGAAAGUUGGGAGUUUUGA